AUGAGUGACAAAGGGAGAAGGAAGAAGAGAGGUGGUGCCUCCAGAAUUGGUGAGAUGAUGCGCGAUGGCACCGCUACUCCGAUUGCCUCCCUCAAUACAGAUUAUGUAUCAGACAGUUCCAAUGACAUGAUGAAACCCUCUAUCAAGAAUCCGGGUGCAUAUCAAGAUGCAGCAUUAUCACCUUACAAGCAUGAUCGACGUGAAGGAUUGCGACCUCGUCGCUCAAACACAAUUUCAACUCAAGAUAUAAUUUUUGGGUAUGACAAUGAUGAUCCUGGUAGUUCGGUUGACCAGGAUAUUGAAUACAAUGAUGGGGAUGAUGGUCAGAAAGAUGAUGGAGAUAUUGGUGAGGGCCAAGAUGGAAGAAGACGUUAUCAUUUUCGAAAUCGAAAUCGAAAUCGUGCACAAGUCCAAGUCGGCAGGUUCUCUAUCGAUCAAGGAAUGGGGCCAAAGGUCGGUAAGGAUGUAAGAGAGUGUGGAUCCUCAGUUCAUAAGCGUCAUCGAAUUACAAGGACUGAUGAUUCGGAGCCCGACCAAGCUCAAACUGCUGGGGCUGGGCCAAGCUCAGAGGGAGGGGUAGACAUACAACCUCUGCAGCUGGUUGAUCAUAGUGUCAGUUUUGAGGAUAUAGGGGGGCUUUCUCAAUAUAUUGAUGCUCUGAAGGAAAUGGUUUUCUUUCCUUUACUCUAUCCAGAUUUCUUUACUAGUUAUCAUAUCACCCCACCAAGGGGUGUUUUGUUAUGUGGUCCUCCUGGUACUGGGAAGACAUUAAUUGCCAGAGCCUUAGCCUCUGCUGCAUCCAAGGCUGGCCGCAAAGUUAGUUUUUACAUGAGGAAGGGUGCAGAUGUGCUAAGCAAGUGGGUUGGCGAGGCUGAAAGACAAUUGAAACUUCUUUUUGAGGAAGCACAGAGAAAUCAACCUUCAAUCAUAUUCUUUGACGAAAUAGAUGGCCUGGCUCCUGUAAGAUCCAGCAGACAAGAGCAAACUCAUAAUUCUAUUGUGUCUACAUUGCUUGCUCUCAUGGAUGGUCUUGAUUCCCGUGGACAAGUGGUUUUGCUCGGAGCAACCAACCGAGUUGAUGCAAUUGAUGGAGCUUUGCGGCGCCCUGGUAGAUUUGAUCGUGAAUUCAACUUUCCUUUGCCUGGCUGUGAGGCCCGUGCUGAAAUUUUAGACAUUCACAGUCGGAAAUGGAAGCAUCCUCCUUCGAAUGAGUUAAAAUUGGAGCUUGCAGCUAGCUGUGUUGGAUAUUGUGGUGCUGAUUUAAAGGCUCUUUGCACUGAAGCUGCCAUUCGUGCUUUCCGUGAAAAAUAUCCUCAGGUCUACACAAGUGAUGAUAAAUUUGUAAUUGAUGUUGAUUCAGUAAGGGUUGAAAAGUAUCACUUUGUUGAAGCCAUGUCAACAAUCACCCCAGCUGCUCACAGAGGUGCUGCUGUGCACUCUAGGCCAUUGUCUUUAGUAGUUGCACCAUGCCUGCAGAGGCAUCUACAAAAAGUCAUGAACUAUAUAUCCGACAUUUUCCCUCCGAUUGCAGUGUCAUCAGAAUUGACCAAGCUUUCCGUGCUGUCUGCUUGUGGCUCUGCCAUUCCUCCUGUUUAUAGGCCUCGGCUUCUUCUAUGUGGUGGUGAAAGUUCUGGCCUGGAUCAUCUCGGGCCUGCAAUUUUACAUGAACUCAACCAGUUUCCUGUUCAUUGUCUAGGACUUGCAUCUCUUCUAUCUGAUCCUAGUGCAAAGACACCAGAGGAAGCGCUGGUACAUAUAUUUGGUGAAGCAAGGAGAACGACGCCAUCCAUUCUCUACUUGCCACAGUUCAAUCUGUGGUGGGACAGGGCACAUGAGCAGCUCGGCACGGUUUUUCUGACUUUGCUACAAGAAGUUCCAUCUGAUUUACCUAUAUUACUACUUGCAACGUCAUCUGAAGUUGAUGCCAUCACCUCUUCAAUAUUCUCCGAACGUUCUGUCUAUCAAGUGGCCGGUACGCCAUCUAAUGAAGACAGAUGUUUGUUUUUUGACCGUCUGAUCGAAGCUGCCUUGUCAGUCUUGUUGGAGGGCAGGACUAAAAGGUCUCAGGCUGAACUUCCGAAGGCUCCAAAAGUGGCAAGCGGUCCAAAGGUGUCAGAGUUGAACGCCAAGGUAGAAUCUGAGCAGCGUGCUCUUUGCCUAUUGCAGAUGUGCCUCAGAGAUGUUUGCAAUCGAAUUCUAUCCGAUGAGAGGUUUAGUGCUUUUCACUAUCCCAUCUUGGAUGAGGAUGCUCCAAACUAUCACUCAGUUAUCCAAAAUCCUAUGGAUGUUGCGACCCUGCUGCAGCGUGUUGACUCUGGGUUGUAUGUUACAUGUAAAGCAUUCGUGCAAGAUGUUGAUCUUAUAGUUUCCAAUGCAAAGGCUUAUAAUGGAGAUGAUUACAAUGGGGCUAGGAUUGUUAGUAGAGCUUAUGAGCUUGGAUACGUGGUACAUGGAAUGCUGCAGUCACAGAUGGGCCCUGCACUGAUUGCAUAUUUUGACGAGAUUGCUGCUCAAGGUGGCCUAGAAGAUGUAACUGUUGUCACAAAGGCGAGUGCUCGACUUCGUGAGGGAAAUCUGGAUCCUAGCUACGAGGCACACAAGAGGCUUUUUGUGCAGCGGACCAAAACGUAUGACAUUCCACAGCUUGAGAGGCUUUACGCAAGAAUUAUGAAGGACAUUUUCAACAUCAAGGACGGAGACAAAAGCGAUGUAGUGCCACCUAUGCAUUUAAUUUUCAAGUAUCUGUUGAAAUUUGCAGAGGAUGAAGCAAACUUCUGA